UCUGCUUUCCUACAAAUUUUUCGUUUAGCUCUGGAAGUGUUUGCUUCUUGAGACAUAGGCAAGAAUACCCAACUUUUGUUCCGCGCUUGUAGCCAUGGUAGACGUUGCGGCUGUUGACGAGACGUUUAAGCGUUUACAAAGCCAUAAGGGUGUUCUAGGGAUUAUUGUUAUCAACGCGGACGGCAUCGCCAUCCGCACGACCUUUGACAACGACUUGACCGUCCAAUACGCGGCGCUUGUCUCACACUUCACUAUCAAGGCGAGGUCGGCCGUCAGGAAGCUGGAUGGUGACAAUGACCUCAAGUUCCUGCGGAUACGCUCUAAAAAGCACGAGAUUAUGAUAGCGCCAGAGUUCGAAAAAUCUCACGAAUAUUACCUCGUGGUAGUACAAGACCCGUCAAGAGAGACGUAGACAUUAGACAAGGUUGGGCUGCGCGGCAGGGAUGCCCGGGGAGCCACAGGCUUUCACUGGCUCACCUGCCUGGGGACUUCAGCUUUGACAGUAAUUCGGUGCGUAGACGAUGGACAUGGGGCAGUUACGAGGCUGCGUGAACAAGGAUUUGGUGUCGGAGCGACUUCCUAUCUGGUUCCUUGACUUCCGGCUUUACGCCACAAUGACGGUAUGUACAAGGACGUUCCGGAGGUCUGCCUUUCAAGGCACUAGGGAGUAGGCACAGAUGCCGGUGUAUUUGUUGCCAGGUCUGAUGGCUUGUGCUUGACCCAAGUUUGCCGCGGCGAAUAACAAGCGUGAGCAGCUCCGGUUGAUCCGGACUGACAAGGGGCAGCAUGGGGAUGUUUUGGCAUGCUCUCUGACUUUUUAUGCGGUUGAUAGCUCCCUUCGCGGUGCUAUUGCUCUACUGUAAUAUAAGGACCACUUUAAAGGCGUGCCCAUCGCAUACCCUCCGAAGGACAGGCCGUGGCCCUCCAAGGCGGUGAGGGCAUUGCUUCCAAGCAUUACAGGUCCAAAAGAUCCUUGGUUACAUGCUGCUUGCAGCUCGGAUCGGCAAAACGUCACCACUGGGGCUACUUGCGCAUUGUGGUUGUGGGUACCUCUUAGCCAGGAAGGCGAUCGUUGGCGCGUGUUUUGUAUCAUAAUCUUGUGCGGAGGUGUGCAGGCCAGCCAAGCUGCUGCUAGGUUUCUUUACUGCACCGUUGAGUGGGCACCAUACCAGACACGCUAUUCAAACUCCGCCUGUUAGGGGUCCACAGUGUGUGGUGAUUUCAGCGAAGUAACGCUUCCGGCUCC